CUAACUGUCGUAACUGCCUUUCCAAUCGUCGCACGUUGAAAAGGCGUCACCGCAGCAAUGGAGCCGUCGGCACCCAAAAGCAAGUUGAAAAAGCUGAGUGAAGACAGCCUUACUAAGCAGCCUGAAGAGGUUUUUGAUGUAUUGGAAAAACUUGGUGAAGGAUCUUAUGGCAGUGUUUUUAAAGCAAUCCAUAAAGAAUCUGGCCAAGUUGUUGCAAUAAAGCAAGUGCCAGUGGAGUCCGACCUGCAGGAAAUUAUUAAGGAAAUUUCAAUAAUGCAACAAUGUGAUAGUGCUUAUGUAGUGAAUUACUAUGGCAGCUAUUUUAAAAAUACAGACCUCUGGAUAGUUAUGGAAUAUUGUGGAGCUGGGUCUGUGUCUGAUAUUAUUCGACUACGAAACAAAACUCUAACAGAAGAUGAAAUAGCAACAAUUCUUAAAUCCACUUUGAAAGGGCUGGAAUACCUACACUUCAUGAGAAAAAUCCAUCGAGACAUAAAAGCUGGAAAUAUCCUACUGAACACGGAAGGUCAUGCAAAGCUUGCAGACUUUGGUGUUGCAGGCCAGUUGACAGACACAAUGGCAAAACGCAACACUGUAAUAGGAACACCUUUUUGGAUGGCUCCAGAAGUGAUCCAAGAAAUUGGCUAUAAUUGUGUUGCAGACAUUUGGUCAUUGGGAAUCACCGCAAUUGAAAUGGCAGAAGGCAAACCUCCCUAUGCAGAUAUUCAUCCAAUGAGGGCUAUUUUUAUGAUUCCCACCAACCCACCACCUACAUUCCGGAAGCCAGAGCUUUGGUCUGAUGAGUUCACGGAUUUUGUCAAGAAGUGUCUAGUGAAGAAUCCAGAGCAAAGGACUACUGCAACACAACUUUUGCAGCACAAUUUCAUUAAAAAUGCCAAAUCAGUGUCAAUUCUGAGAGAUUUAAUAAUUGAAGCAAUGGAAAUUAAAGCAAAAAGACAUCAAGAACAGCAGAGGGAACUCGAAGAAGAUGAUGAGAACUCAGAUGAAGAUGAGAUUGAUUCUUACACCAUGGUGAAGACUAGUCAUGCAGGCACAGGCACCAUGAGAGCAACUAGUACUAUGAGUGAAGGUGCCCAAACCAUGAUUGAACACAAUAGUACUAUGCUAGAAUCAGACCUGGGGACCAUGGUAAUUAACAGUGAUGAAGAUGAAGAAGAUGGAACAAUGAAAAGGAAUGAUGCUGCAGAACAACACCAAAGACCAGCGUUCAUGGAUUAUUUUGACAAACAGGAAAAAAAUACUAAAUCCCUUGGAAACUGUAAUCGGAGUCUGCAAGAGUCUUUCCACAAAUUAAAAAAUCCUUUCCCUGAUAAUUGGAAGGUACCGCAAGAUGGAGACUUUAACUUUUUGAAGAACCUGAGCUUUGAAGAAUUACAGAUGCGCUUGAGUGCACUGGAUCCAAUGAUGGAACGAGAAAUUGAGGAUCUGCGCCAAAGAUACCAGGCUAAACGACAACCCAUUUUGGAUGCCAUGGAUGCCAAGAAACGAAGACAGCAGAACUUCUAGCUGAAUUCAGACAUCCACUUCUCAUCCACUGAAUAUUCCCAACCUGUCGUGGGUAGCAUGGCCUGUAAUAUAUCUAUGCUCUCAGUAAUGCACCCUCUAACUUCGUUUUCUUGUGAGUGGGGGAUUUUAUGUCAGGUGGACAGAAAUUAACUCCUUUUUUUUCCAGCCUCGUAUACAUCAAACUUUAAGGGGCCAACUUGUACUUGGUCUGAGCAGCAAUUUUUGGGUUGUUAUUAGGGCAGAAUGAACAUUGACCAGCAGACCAAUCAUAGAACCAAAAAUACUUAUAUACUGCUAAAGGUGUAUUGAUUGUGAUCCCACAGGUAUUGAAGGAAACAGCUUUAAUGUCAAUUUACUGUAUUGCCAUUCUUCUUAUCUGCACAGCUUAGAACGCUAUGUUGAUAUUGUAAAUCAGUCUGAAAUUUCACAGUCUCAAAUACAACAAAGAUAGUAAUAUCACAAUAUUUAUGACAAACACCAAAUACCUGAUGCAUUGUAUUGCUGAUUAAAUGGGGAGAUAGUGGUUUGGUGCUGAUUUCAAUGGAUUAGUAAUCCAGAACCCCAGAUCACUGCUCUGGGGACAAGAAUUCAAAUCCAACGAUGGCAGGUGGAAUUUGAAUUUAAUAAAAUCUGAAGUAAAGAGCUGGCUUAAUGGUGACCAUGAAACUACUGUCAGUUGUUUAAAAACCCAUCUGGUUCACUAAUGUCCUUUUAAGGAAGGAAAUCUGCCAUCCUUCUUACCAAGGCUGGCCAACACGGGACUGCAGACCCAGAGAAAUGUGGUAGACUCUUGACUGCUGUCUGGAAAAUUCAGGAAAAUAAAUGCUGACCUUAUGGAUUAAAAAAUUAACUGUUGGGGUAUCAAGAAACCCUAUUAAAAGUUUUUAAAGAUUAAAACUUAACCUGAAUAAGUAAGCUUGGUAAUAUUCUCUGGCUCCCCCAACAAAUUUUUAAAUGCACCAUUAAUUUGUUGAAGUGUGUCAAUUUGUGUCAAUCAUAAUUGUAUAAAAACUGGAUUUCUGCCAACUAACCUGCUUACCUCAUGUCAUACCUUUUUUGUUGCAAAUAGUUCCACAAUUUGCUUGAAGCUACUGCCAUUUUAUAAUGUUUCAGAACACUACUGGAGUUCUGCUGCAGCCUGUUGCAGUCCAUUUGAUGUAGGUAUACCCAUAAGGUUAUUAGGGAGUUCCUUCAGUCUCUGGAUCAAAACCUGGAAUUACCUCCCUCAUAAUGCGGUGAGUGCACUACACCAAAUGGAUUGCAGUGGUCCAAGAAGGUAGCAUACCACCUACACAAGGGAAUAAGGACUGGGCAAUAUGUGCUGAUGCUAUCAGCAAAGCCCACAACCCAUGACUGAAUGAAAAAUGCUCUAAAGUGUACAUAAGAACAAAACAGCAUACUAAUGUCUUUAAAGUUUCAGACCCUGGAUGUAUUGCACUUUUGAAAUUGACUGCAUAGGUCUACAGUAGAAAAAUCACAUUCCAAACCUAUACAGAUAGGUUGAACGGUCAAAACUGCCUGCCCAUGUCAAUGCAGCAGGUCAUUAUGCAGUGUGUCAUCUCACUGCUGACAAGUCUUUGCUUAAAGUUGGCAGCGGUUUACCUCUUGUGACACAGUAGAGCCAUUCCUUAGAGAUAAUGCUUCAUAUUAUUGAAUGUACCUGCACCUGUUUGUUAAUAUUAGACCAGAGAGACAUGGAUUGCUUCUUGCACUGUGAUAUGAAUGUUUAUUAUUGUCUGCUGUCACUUCAAAGAGCAUUUUAGUUCUGGUAAUCUUGCUAGAUCUCCUUUUCGUUUACUUUGAUGUAUAGGCCUGAUGUGAGAUAUUUGCCUAGGUUUACUAAUAAAAGUAGACUUUGAUACACAAACACUUGAACACAAAACUAAUACAGAGCAAUUGGUAAUAUAUUAAUGGCUGCUACUGAUUUACACAAGAUGAAACAUAAUUCAUUGCACGUCUUGACAGUGUUCAGAGAUCAGAUUCCCAGAACAUGCACAAAUGGUAAAGAUUGUAGUUGAUUUAUUUCAGAAGUGAACACUAAUUUCAUUGGUGCACGUGAGUCCUUGAAGAAGUCAGUACAUGCCAAUUUUCUUGUUUUUAUUAAAUUUGAUGCCUUAUUUCUUUCUAGUCUCACUUUAGUGUGUGUAUCGAGUUGAGCCAUGUCAUGGUAGCAGAAGGCUGUAAACAGAUGUGCUGACUGGAUUGACUUUGUCACCCUACAAAUGGAACUUCCUGUGGUAUAGAUGCUCGACAGAAACGUAAGACAUUUGUGCUGCAUCAACAGAUUUUUCUUACUGUACAUUUAAGCAAAUUUGGGACAGUAGCUUUCCUAUUAUUUAUGCCUUAAAAGAGUUGUCAUGACGUAAGCAAACAGGGUUCUAUGAAGUUGCCUUUUAGCAUAAACUUGGCAUUUGAUUGAUGAGGAUAUUUUUCUCUGAGGGUCGUGAAUUUGUCGAAUUUGUUACUGCAGAGGGUUGUUGAGACUGGAUCAUUAAGUUUACUCAAGGUUGAGAUAGGUAGGUUUUUAAUCUGUAAGGGAAUCAAUGAUUAUGGGGAAAAGGUAGGCAGGUGGAGUUGAGGGUUGUCAGAUCAAUUGUGAUCUCAUUGAAUGAUGGAGCAGAGUCAAUGGGCUGAAUAGCCUACUUCUCCUACAUGUUAUUGUCUUCUGGACAUUGAGUCCAAAUCCCUAUGCCAUUUGGUAGUUUAGGUGAUGGCCAAAUAAACUCAUUAUAACUUUUAUGAAAAUUUAAAGAUAAUCUAAAGUUAACUUUCAUUUAUCCUUCAAAACUUGACAAUUGCUUGUUCAGUGAACACAAACCAUGAGUGGAACAUUAUCAACCUCAUACAUGACUAAACAACUGAGCUCCAUAGGUGGACUCUGACACCUGUUAUUCCACUUAGUAAUGCUCAAAUGAUUUACCAAGGCACUGUUUGCCUUUAUAAUAGUGUGCAUAUAUACCUGACAUGUUAAUUUUGUUAAAGGAGAAAUUGAUAUGGCACUGGGUGCUUGAACUGGCCAAACGAGCUGACUUCAAUUUUCCCUUUUAAUAAUAGAAAAUAGCUAUAGAAAUUGGAUAAUCGAUUUUUUUCUACUGUGUUAUAAUUAAUACAAUCUUUUAGUAUAGAUCUGUGAAAGAUUUUCUCAAUUAUCUCUUGGCCUAGCAAAUCAAGACUUAGAUUUAUUUAGCUGACGUAAGACCCAGCAUUUGACUAACCUCUAAACUAAUCCGAUUACUGUAAACUCAUAAUUCUUGCUCUAAUACAAAGAUGUCUGCUGCAAUGUUCUGGUUAAGUCCUAUACAAGACCAAGGGAUAGCACCUCAUUUUCCAGUUAGACACUUUACUGUCUUCAGGAUUCAACAUUGACUUCUUAACAUGGAUGUGAUCAGGGUCUAACACUUUGAUGACAACCAUCACCACCACUGAGGUAAAAACAAUGACUGCAGAUGCUGGAAACCAAAUUCUGGAUUAGUGGUGCUGGAAGAGCACAGCAGU